GAGCUCUGCCCAUUUCCGCAUGCUGCAUGCACUUUUUUUUGCGGCAUCGCGGACAUACUUCUGGUAUGGAGAGUAGUAACUUCUCCGCCGUCUUAGUACCCAUAACGGCAAAGCUACGGCCGCCCUCAAUGUCGGAGCAAUGACUGUGCAGCUUUCCCUGAGAAAGGUGCUCGCAAAGUUCCUCUCGGACAACAAGAAGGAUGCUCAGUCGGGCUUACAAGAACUCAGAACCAUCCUUUCCGAUGACCGCAACUUGUCCCAGAUCGACGGCAAGGACUGGAGGAGCAUAUUGGAGGCUUUCGAAAGGGCAGUGGAGAACCUAAAAGCAGCAGCCGCAAACGGACGCACAACAAACGCUAAAGCCUCAGCAACCUCCACCGUCGCCCGCCUUGAAAAGCAGCUCGGCGAAUGCGCCUCCGAGUUCCGAUGGACAAUCGAGCGCGCAGGGUCCAACCUCGGCCCGGCCCUCAACAAACCCGUUCUGGAACAUAUCCUCACCAUCCUGCCGUACAGAGACGGCCUCUACCAGCCCAUCGCGGUGCACUAUACCCGCGCCCUGCGCACGCUGCUCGCCCAGCGCGCGUACAGGGAGCAUAUACCUAUCAGCCGCUGGCACGGUCUACUCAAAUUAUGCAUGCGGUGCUUAACCGCCGAGGUGCAGAGCGAGGACAGGAGAGGUGGGCGCAGGUCAAUGACGUUGGAACUGGUAGAGCUCUCCAAAGUGUUCUAUUAUCUCGUCAUUGGGUGUCCUGACGACUUGGCGGCGUAUUCGGAGGAUCUGCUGGAGUUUUUGGCGCGGUUUAUAGAGCAUCACCCGGGCGAGACGACGUGUCAUGGCCCCUUGAUAACGGCCGCGAAUCAUAUCUUGUUCGAAACAGCGCAUCAGAAUUUACAUGCCGCUCAAAACUUUCUUGAAAGUACCGUCCCGUUCCUGAUACCACUGUGGGAGAACCGCUCAGGCCCGCUGCGGAACCAGCUUAUACUCACCCUUCGGUUCUACCUGCACAUCUACGACCCAACCGGCAAGUUCGCCUUCGACGUGAAAAGGUGGGAAGCCAACUGUCUACGCUUAUACGACGGCAUCCAGCAGGAAUUCGGAAGCAAAUUCGGAGUCAGCCCCGUGGACGAUCUGCACCAUUUCGUCACUGUGCUGAGACUGAAACAAAAGACCGGUGUGCUGAUACCAGACACCCUCAACGGCCACCUCGACCCGGCUUCGGUGACCAAAUGGUACCCCACCUACAGCUUCCUAGACCUCGGCGCAGACGUAUACGGCGCUUUACUGUACAUGGAAGCCAACCCGCCCACGCAUCCCUCCUCCGACACCCCACGGGCCCGUAAACGCGUCAAACGAAGCGACGUAGUCGCAGACUUGACGAACCUCAAGAAAAAGCUGGGCAACAGCCGCCAGAAACUCGGGGUUUUGCAGAUCCUCGCGUUUCUCGCCCUCCAAACCCCACACAUGCUCUCCCCCGCCCAACUCCAACACCUGAUGACAGAUUUCUUCGCCGACCUCAUGGCAUCCGAAAGCGACGUGCAGAACUGGGCGUUGGUCUGCAGCACCCCGUUGUGGUCCCACCCUGCCGCCAUCACACCCACGUUCGCGAAAAUGGCCUGGGAUAACACCACCAGAGUCGUCUCAUCCCCCUCCCUGCUGGUCGAUAUGGGAUACCACGUCCUUGAAGCGGUGCUGCGGGCCGGGUUUGUCCCAAGGGGGGAUGUGGCGGCUGUGGUUGCGGAGGUGGGGAGGGGUAUGCGGUGGGGUGUGAGUGUGCCCUCAGCCGCGGCGUUGGAGUUCCUUCUGAUGAGCAAACGCGCGAGGGGUUCCGAGGCGAUGUGUCAGACGCUGAGUGUCAUAGAUGAUUUCGCGGACUCGAUAUGCGAGUGGGUCGUGCGUGGCCGCGCCGCGGUACCUAUCGAUAUGAUCAUCGACGUCCUCCUCGGAACACCACACGGCAAUACCCAACGAACAGACGCAGACGAUUUCCCGCCCCUCGAUCUCCCCCCGCGGGACGAAUUCAUCGGGGAGUGGAGAUUGGGCAAUUCGAGACGGGUUUGUAGGGCGAUUGUGGAGGAGGAUUGGAGGGGUAUUUGGUGAAUGCGAGUGCGGGGUGGGUGGAGGAGGAGAUGCGAGGGUUGGUGGAGAAAUGGGGGGAGGAGAACGCGGAUGUGGGUAUGGGGCUGGUGAAGGACACUGUUUCGUUGAUUCUUGUUUGUGUCAACAUGUGGGAUCGCGCGGCGAAGCAUACGAAAGGAAAUGCGAGUGAUGCAGUUGUGGCGAUGGUCAAGGUUCUUCUGCAACGUGUGGAGAAAGCGAUACCCGCCUGUUCUUUGGCUGCGGCUACGACCGUCGUCCACACGAUCCUUCUUGGUCUCAACGAACUCUCACCCACCACCCAGCUCGGAUGUCCCCGCUCAGCCGAAAUCUACCAAUAUCUAACGCGUACCCUCACCCCGCUGCUCUCACGCGAUGUUGACUCCGACAUGCCACCAAAAAGCAGUUCCCAUGGGGACCUCAGCACCACGACAUUCGACGAGUUUGACG